CACCAUCAAAACCGUGCGAUCGCAGGAUGCCGCGACUACGUUGGACGUGGACGGCCAUGCUUGAGCUGCUUUGUUGGAGUAUGAUCCUCUUGCUCCCAACAUGGGCCAAGAGCACCUUGCCAGUGUCUCGCAAGGAAGGGAUUUCAACCGGACAAGUGGACGCGUUACAAGGACACCCCGGCGCGCUGACACUCUCUUACUUUUUGACGGGACCAGGAGAUUUACACUAUGCAAUUGUACCCCACGGCCAUAACUCGCUUGAAGCCGAUGCAAUCAAGCGAGCCGCCCUUGCUACACCAUCAAUGGCCACCGCUGGGACGUUCACGUCGACGGCUGCCACCAGACUCGCAUGGAAUGUCCUCACCUUGGAGGCAAAUUCGACGUACGAUGUCUACUUUGUCGCGGAAGCCAGCAACAGCAACGGGGUCUUUGGGACGGUCGUGUCGGUCAACGGUACAACCACCCACGCGCAUGCGCCUACGCUGACGCUCCAGCACAGCGAACCCAUUCGAGCUUCGUCGUCGAGCGCCGCAUUCAAGGUCAACAUGAGUUCCCCGGGGUUGCUGCACUACCUUGUGGUGCCGACUGCUGGGAGCCGCAACAUGUCCGCGUCAGAAAUCUGGUCGAGCAAUCAGUCGCUGUCUCUUUUAGUCCCAUCCACAGACGCUGUCGUCGUCAACGUCACGGAAUUGAACGCGUUCACAACGUACGACGUGUGGUUGACAACGGAGGUAAGAGGGAGUGACGGGGUGCUGGGGGCGGUCGUCCACGCUGCCGAGGCAUUCACGACCCAUGCGGUCGCGCCAGACGUAGUGCAUGUGGGAUGCGUACCUCGGGGCGGAACGACGAGCGAACUUCUCGUUGGGUUGCGUCUCCAAUUCGCACCGAAUGCGUUUGCCAGCGUGUACAACACCGCUGUCGUUCGUGCUGUGGAGUAUUCGAUCUGGUUUGUCGCGGAUGCAGCAUCGCCACCGAGUGCGUACGACACCGCGUGGACCAUCCAAAACGCCUCCAACACGACCACUCGACAAGCAGGGCAAUGGCGCCUCGCAAUUCCUGCCCAAGCAACCAACGACGUGUUCAACAUUGCAGCCACAGACACCACGGUGGAUUUGCAUGCGAACAUCAGUCAGUUGCAUGACGGGGCAAACUACACGGUUGCCGUCGUGGUGGAAACCAAAGGCAGCCGGGGGUUGUUUGGCGGUGUCUUUGGUAUCUCUGGAUGCGGCACCCAUCCGAUGCCACCGAAAGUCACAUCCGUUCAAGCGAGUGCGCUGGCCACGACCACGGACACUGCCGUGAUGCAAGUCGGUGUGGAAGCUCCAGCAAACAUCCACUUUGUCCUUGGAACCCCCGCUGUCUUCCGUCAGGUGCCGCAGCCAUACUCGCUGACCUUGUUGUCCACGACGUACAAUGCGUCAUUUCAUCGAAUCGAUGCUGUCCCCAGAGUGCACAACGCGACAAACGUGACGCUCACAGCGUUGAAUGCGUCCACGAUUUACGCCGUCGCGGUCUUUGCCGAAACCAUCGACAGCUUUGGAGUGUACGGGGCGCUGUCCAUCCCCAUCACCGAGUUUCGGACGAACGACCCGGCCGGACACGUGGCCAUUGUCGAAGCGACACCAGUCCAGGGGUCCACCACCGACAUCGCCGUCAAGGUUCAGCUCACGCAGCCGCAGAAUCACGUCGCAUUGUGUUGGAAACCCGCGGCACCUGUGGCCUUCAAGUGCGUGAACCAUACAGGGAGCGUCGUGGUGAGCAACUUUACACCUGGCUCGACGUACGAGCUGUACGCUGUAGCAUUGACUUUGCAGCAAGUCCAAAGUGUACCAAGUGCCCUUGUCACAGUGACCACUCAUGCCCCAGCACCACUCGUGAACGUCGUCACGCUUGACAGAAUCGACGGCCGCUACGACCAGCUCGUGGCGAAAUUUGCAACGUCAACGUCCGGGUGGCUGCACGCUGCACUGUUCACGUCGGAUGUGUUGGAAGGCAAGCCAAAUCUUACGAUUCACGAGCUUGUUCGUCGGCAGGUGCCAGCCCACUAUCAAAGUGCUGUCCAAAUGGAUGGCAGCAUGACACCGACGGAAGUGAUUCUGGACAAACUGGCGGCCAACACAACCUACGCCCUUGCGGUGUUUGCCGAAAGCGAGUCGGCAACCAACGACACGAGGUCGCAUGUGUACGGCGAUUUGCAUCUUGUGAACGUCACGACGUACAAGUUGGCGCCGACGAUUUUGCAGUCGGCUGCUCUUCCUCACAACGCCUCCACGGACGCCAUCUUGCUCGUGGCCAAUCUUUCGUCGCCAGGACGACUGCAUUACAUGAUUACAGACACAGACUUGCACGACCCCAAGGUACUCAAGCAGCCCCUCCAUCCACCGAGCCGCGCGGCAGCUGUUGUACGCCGGGGAGUUGUCGAUGUCACUGAACAAGUGUGGACGACGGCGAAUGAAACCCGCCAUGGCGUCAACGUCACGAUUGACGUCGCGCUGCCUAUUUUUCAUGCCAACUACACGAUCUCUGGAUUAGUGCCAGACACCAUGUACCACAUAUUCCUGACGACGGAAACGUUUGAGAGUCAGGGGGUGUUUGGCGCCCUGAUCGCGCCGCACUUGGCGACCACACAUGCCCCGCCUCCGACAUUUACAUCCCUUAACGUCGUGCCUACGCCUGGAAACCCCAAUUCCAUUUCACUCAACCUGACCUUGUCACGGUAUGGCCUUGUGCAUUACCUUGUCAUGCUUCGAGGCCUGCCAAACCCAAAUGCAACUGCCGCGGUUGACGCACGUCCGUUUGGAGCUUCGUCGAACGAUACGAACGUGGUCGAGGUAUCUGAACUGGACUCGACCACGCUCACUGGGGGUCGCAUACAGCGUGCGUCCCUGGAGGAGCUUGGCGCGGGGGUCGUUCACAAUGGAUCAAUUCCAAUCUCUCGGGAAGACUGGGCCAAAGUGGACACACCAACGCACAAAGCGUUCGGCGACCUCGUAUCAGGGGCAACGUACGAGUUGUGCAUCGUUGCCGAGACCGACGCUAGCAAUGGCGUGUUUGGUCCAGUCAAGUGCUUUGCCGUGACCACGUUUGUCGAUUACUCGAAUGCCACUGUCUUGAUCGACAUGAAAUCGGCAGAGCCGGUGCCAGGACGAACGGAUCAAGUCGAAGUGGUGUGGCGGAAGCUGUCUGGGGCGGACGUCGUCCCGUAUUUUGUUCUCGCUGAAGGCGGACAUACCACGUUUUCCUCUAGCGGCUUUGGCAGGACUCGAUUUUCGGAGAUCCAACCAGGCCAGCAUGGAGUUGUGGCAGCGGGCCGGCUGCCUCACGUCAAGGGAAGUCCUGACACGUAUCGAAUCGUCGUGGGUGACUUGGACGCCAACACAGCGUACUCGUGCUACUUUUCAGGAGAGACGGUCGGAUCGUUUGGGGUGUUUUCGCUCGUAAACACCUCGUACCCAGUGACGACGCAUGCGCCUCCGCCAGUCCUGACAAGCUACUAUGCGCGACCAGCCACGGGAAACACGUCUGGCAUCGAAGUCGUUGUGGACGUGGGAUGCCCCAAGCACGUCCAUUGUAAAGACGCGUGGGUGCAUGUCUUGAUUGCCUCCGCGGACUGUCCGCGCCGUCCAACGGCCCCGUUUUACCUGGCGCACAAAUGCGCCUUAACGUGUGCAAUGCACAAUGUGUCGAUUCCGGGGGGGACUGUAGCCAAGCAGCACGUCGUGUUCGUGGAAGAUGCAAAGGUGCUGGCUCCAAACACAACCUACACCGUGUACCUUGCGACGGAAACGCCCCACAGCCACGGCGUGUUCUCGGCCAUCAAGUCGACGGUCGUGACAACGCACGCGUCGCCGCCAACCUUUGUCGAUCUCAGCGUCCACCCGAAAUACGCCUCAACGACCGAACUCGUGCUGAGCUACGAGCUGUCGACGCCGGGGGUGGUCCACUUUCUCAUUGGGGAAGAUUCCAAACACAUUGACGUCCAGUCUGUGUACAACAUCAGUGCCCGCAAGGCGGCCGGAGGAGAAGACUGGCACAAGUACCCGCCACACACUAUAGCGUAUCGAAAAACGCUGACCGUUCCCACGACGACCCCCCGCACCGAGACGCUGGGAUACUUGACGGCAAACACGAGCUACACCGUUUGGGUUGUCGCUGAGACCGCCGCGGAUGCCAACCUGUACACGUCGAUUGCCGUGUUCUCGAACGUGUCAACGUUUGCGCCGGCCCCGCUCCUGCUGUCGCACGCUGCGUCGCCCACGCCAGGUUCGACGACCCACUUGCGUUUGGAAUACACGACAAACGAUCCGACGGGAGUCGUCCACUGCCUCGUUGCAGCGUCCACGCCGUGGAAGCCGACGCUCGCUGGUCCGAUUUUAUUUGGCAACCGCAUCGGGUACCACACUGACGUCGUAGCCCAAGUGUCGCUGGUCAAUGAAAGCAGCGUCGUCGACAUUCCAGUCCCAUUUGCCAACACAAACUACACAUUCUACUUGGUGACGGAGACGAAAGAUUCGAACGGAGUGUUUGGAGCUGUGGCUGUGCUGGAGAACAUCAAGUCGUCUGCACCAGCUCCUGACAUCGUGGACGUUCGAAUUUCUGCCACCGAUGCCAGAACCGACGCCUUGACGGUAAAUGUCCAGCUCAGCCGCGAGGGGACGCUCUAUUAUUCCGUCGCACAAGCUAGUCAGCCCUUGACUGUGUCCAAGCCGCCGCCAUUCAUCGUUGCAAACUCGACAAACGUGUCGUUUGUCGUGAGUGAACUUGAUGCAUCCACUUGGUACACCUUGUACUUACAAACGGAAACCCUGGGCAGCGGUGGCGUCGUGGGGCCGUUGGUUCAAGCAGCCAGUCCGGUCCCAACUCAUGGCCCACCGCCUGUGGUUCUGGAAGAAGUGGAUUGCUCGGGCGCACCAAAUUGCGAUGCCCUUGGUCGCGAGCCGGUAUCAAAGACCUUUUUGUUGUGUGCAUGCCAAACAAGAUUGUGUGUAGUGUUGGUUUGUCUCGAACACGUGCGGGGAGUGCCGUGCGGGAUUUGCGGGUGAAGAAACAGGACCGUCGAAUGUGCCGUGCGUGGCGGGAACCAAGAAAAAAGGCAAGAAGACGAUCGGGAUCAAGAUCAGCGGGGUCAAGCAGCCAUCGCAGCAAUCUGUGGCCGAAUUCGAAGUUCAAGCGAGUGCCAACGCGGUCGACGUGUGCCCGGAACAUGCCCACAUGUCCGUCGAAACGAGUCGUUGCGAAUGCAUCGAUGGCUACACGAUGGACAACCAUGUGUGCAUUCCGUUGUGCCCACCCAACUCGUCCAUGUCUGCGCCUGGCCGGUGCCAAUGCGACCCUGGAUACGUCUUGGAUGCGCUCCAAACGUCGUGCGUCCUGCAAGUCACAGGCAGCAGCAGCGGACUCGGCAGCGGUGGCGUGUACACGUCGACUUAAGUUGAAGCGAUCUUUCUCCAAACGAACACGAACCGUUUCAUGUCGGUG